UAUCAUAUGUAGAGACAUUGAUAUGAUGUGCAAAACUGCGAACAGGAUGCGUGUCAUAUGUGCGUUCGUGUGUUGUAACAUCAUCUCAUGACACCCGCCGACGUCUGACGAUCGUGCGUGCGACAAGAUACAUUUGCAUGUUAGUUCCUGAAGUGGAAUGUUGCGAAAGCUGUUUACUGCUAAAACGUUUGACUAAGAUAUCAAAUUGAUUUCUUUUAGAAAUAAACUUUAAUCUGCGAUACCGGACCAUAUGAAGAACGAACCAAAAUGUCGAGAAAAUUGCUGGAGGUACUGAUUCUCGCCUUGUUUUUUAUUACCACAGCCCGGUCGAAUGCCAUUGGCAUCAAAGAUGAGGAUGCUCAAAGCUUGUACAACGCGACUGACCAGGUCGUAAUUUUGGAUGUUUAUAAUUUCAAAAGUCAAGUGUACAAUAGUGAUAAGGCAUGGUUAGUGGAAUUUUAUAACAGUUGGUGUGGUUUUUGUCAUCGUUUUGCACCCAUCUGGAAGUCACUUGCAAAAAGUGUUCACGACUGGAAUGACAUCGUGACUCUGGCUGUGAUAGAUUGUGCAAAUGAUGAUAACAAUCCCAUGUGCCGGGAAUAUGAAAUAAUGAAGUAUCCAACUAUAAAAUUUUUUUCUGUCAACUCAAAAGAGGAAAACUUAGGUUUAGAAUUUACAAGUCAUAAAGAUGAACUAAGUUUAACUCAAGGAUUAAUUCAGCAAUUAGAAAAAGAACAACAAGAACAAAGAGGAGCUUCGACUUGGCCAAAUAUUGUACCAUACAGAGGAACUGAUUUAGAUGUGUUGUGGCAUGGAACCCCAGAUGAUAUUAAGUAUCAAAUUUUGAUUUUUGAAGAACCAGAAUCAUACCUAGGUGCUCAAGUAAUUUUAGAUUUGCAUAAAUUAGACACAAUUCUUAUGAGACGAGUGAGUUCUGAAAAUGAAUUGCUCAGUGUUUCUAGUAAAAUUAUGAAAUUUCCAAGUUUGUUGAUAUUAGACAGAAAAAAUGACCCAACAGUUUUGAAAAUAAAUACAAUUUCUAGAGACAAUGUGAAGGAAAUGAUAAUUCAAUUCUUAAAAACAAAUGGAGUCGAUGUAAGGAAAAAGCUACAGAAGUCUAUGGAAAAAGUAGAAGAAAAAAGUACUCAACCUUUUUUGCAGCAUGAUGAGAAUAACAAACAAAAUUCUAUUUUGGAAAAAGUGACAAAAGAUGAACUUUAUCAAGUUGAUUUAGAAAGUGCUUUGAGAUACUCUUUAAACAAUGAAAUUAGUUUAUCAUCAGUCAUUUCUGGUGAAAAAAUGAAUGCAUUGAAAGCUUACUUGAAUGUACUUGCUAAUUAUUUUCCAGUUUAUUUACCAAAAACAAAAACAUACUUGGAAAUAUUAUACAAAAAUGUGGAGAGUACUAACAAUAUUACUGGGAAAGAAUUUAAAAAACUCCUUAGAGAAAAAGAGAGUGAACUUACACCUAUUUAUUCUGCGCCUCCUAAAACAUGGAUAGGCUGUAAGGGCAGUAAACCCAAUUUUCGAGGAUAUCCUUGUGGUCUUUGGACUAUGUUCCAUACACUUACAGUUGCUGAGAAAAACUCUGAAAAUACUGAUAAUGUUCCAUCUGUCUUAAGCGCUAUGCAUGGUUAUAUUAAAAACUUUUUUGGUUGCGCUGAUUGUUCCGAGCAUUUCCAAACAAUGGCUAAAAACAGGAAAAUUUUUGAAGCUAAUAAAGGUGGUGAAUCUGUAUUAUGGCUAUGGCAAGCACAUAAUGAAGUUAAUGAAAGAUUAGCUGGUGAUUUGACUGAAGAUCCUGAAAACAAAAAGAUUCAAUAUCCAUCUAAAAAUAAUUGUGUAAAGUGUAAGUCUCAAGGAGGUGAUUGGGAUGAAAUUGAAGUUUUGAGGUAUUUAGAAUCCAAGUACAGCAAAUUCAAUAUAAACUCUCAAGGAAUUGAUUCUGAGUUAUUUACUAGAGACAUUAAUAACAGUGCAACAAAUUCUGGAGUUAGUCACAGUAAAUUCAUCGAUUGGAACUUUACAAUAUUUGAUAUGAGUAUUUGUGUUGUGCUCUACGUUGUAUCAGCAUCAAUACUAGUAUUAGUGUUUGCUAAAUUUGCAUUUAAAAGAAGUUAUAGAAAACGUAUUACUAUGCAUAAUUUACUUGGGUAGCUAUCAUAAUCAACAUUAAAUUUGAAGAGACUGAUAGCAUGUUUCGAAGUUAAUGAGUGUAUAAAGUUUUGUGAAUAUAAAAUUGAUUUUAACAUAUUUGUAAAUGUAAAUAAAAUAGAUAAUGACAAUUUUGAGAAAUAUUAAUCAAAUAAUGAACUUUUUAUCUUGAAAAUUAGAAUUGAUUUAAUUUGAUGCACAGUAGAACAACCAAUUUCGUAUCAUCGAGUGAAUUAACUUGAAGGCCCUCAUGGCUAAUUUAUACAAUUUUUUAUCAAUGUAUGCAAAAAGUGUACCACUAUAAAAUUAUUAACAUGUAAUGUGAUUGUUGCGUAUUUAUAACAAAAGCUUAAAUGUUUAAUUAUUAUUGAAUGUGUGUGACAUAAUUAUUCAUGUGUAAAAUUCAUAAAUUAGGUUUUCAUACAAAAUGCCAACAAGCUGUGAUGAAUAUAAGCUUCCUUUAAAUAAAUAAC